AUGCUCAAAUUGGAUCCCAAAGAUGAAGCCUUUGCCAUUAAAAUAGAAGAGCUAAUGAAACAGGCGCUAUCAGAAGAGCUUCAAGAAAUGUUAGGAGAUGAGGGCCAGCUCGUGGAUCUUGCAACAGAUGAUAAUGAUGAGACAAUUACCGAAGAGGAAAUGAUACGGAUUGUCAAGAAAGAGCCAAACGAAAAGCCAUUAUCUAUGCAAGAUUUUGCUACUAAUUCAUUAACAGUGGAGCAGGAGCCAGAGAGCGAGCCGCUUGAGAAUGCACAAUACGUUGAACCAGAUCAUUGCCACAACUUCCGUCGGCCGAGUCAAACUCAAAGUCAAGAGAAUGCAGAAGACAAUGACGGGGAUGCAAGCGAACAACAGAAUCCAGCUGCAACUGUACCUGACAUGACUAUGCCAGAGCCAGAACGACUAGCUGAACGAGUCCCAAACGAACCUGCUUGCAUGGAUUUAGAAGCAAUAUAUCAAGAAACACUCGUUGAUACGAAGCCAACCUCCACAACCAAAGGCGUUGAUUUUUCCUCUGUUGAAUGCAAAUCAUGCCAAAUCACCUUCAAUGACAAUUACGGUUUUCGAAGGCAUUUGAAUCAUCUCCAUCCGCAUGAUCCUGACCACAUAGAAAGGAACAAUGAAUACACCUCAUACGUAGAAUCUGAUAGUGGACGAUCCUUAAGAUCAAGAUCUAGGCCAACAGCAUCGUCAUCAACUUCUUACGCCUUGCACAAAAAGAACCCAAAGUGCAACAUCAAGUUUAAACGGCAGUUUCGAGCAAAUCUCAAAUUAAAGCAUCUCAAGACGAUCCCACUUCCAGAAACGUAUGAAAAACCAGCAGUUGAAAUCCAGUGCCGAUUCUGUCAACAGGGAGGUUGGAAGGAGUCAGAGUACAGAGUCCAUUUAUUGCAAAGACACUCUCGAGAACUGAACCCAUUAUCCAAACAAAUUGCAGAUUCCAACAGCGAGAGACUCAAAGAAACAGAGGUUACUACGAGUAGUACUGCUGCCAAAAACACAGCAUCAACGUCAAAUAAGUUGUCCGUUGCAACAAACGGCUCCCCAGCCACAACAGAUCCAGAUAUCAUCAUGCUAGAUAUACCCUACGACCCAAUCAAGGACAUUUCCGAAAACCAAAGACGAACGUAUCAAUUUUUCCAAAACUACAUGCUGGACAUCAGUUGA